AUGUCCCGACGCAUCAACUACUUCCAAGAACUCGGCGUCGCCAGAUGCCAGGAUAUCUUCACGAGCAGGCACGCAUACAGUACCAGCUGGAUCACCAACGAUAUUGGAUGCUUCCUCUUCCAAGGGUCGCGCAACCAAGAUGACUACAGUCUGAUCAAAGCCAAGCCCCAGGACUGCAGGCACCUCACCGGCCGACAAGGCAACAAGUCCUACCUCCUCCACAUCAUUGCUUGGAUAUCGAGGACUCAGCGAAGCCAGGCACUCGACCAGCACGGCAACAUCAACACGCGGUACCAGAUCUCUCAUCUCUGCGGCAACAGGAAUUGCUUCAACCCUCAGCAUCUCCACGAAGAAGAAGCCACCGUCAACAACAGGCGCAGGUACUGUGGCGAUCCUGUCGUUUGCAUGGAACAUGGCCACGAGCUGGUCAACCUGUGCAAACACAUCCCCAGGUGCAUCAAGGAGAAGACUCCGAAUUCAUUCUGCUACCUGUCAACCAAGGAGACCAAGGCCGUCUGGGGUGCUGGCUCCGCGAAGAGUGGCCAGUUUCCCAGUUUGGUGGUUGAGGUUCCCCGUAUGCAUCAGAGUCAUAAGAGUCACCAGCGUCUCUCCAACCGCAACCGAGCGAGGAUCCCGAACUCAUCAACUGCCGGAUCAAGCUUGGCUGGAGCGCUUGCACCACGCCAAUAUUCACAAAGUAGAGUAUACUACUCGCGAGGCAGGCGAAGAGCAUUGAACAGCUCCAAGAUUCUGCAAAUCCAGCGCGGGCAUUGA